AUGAAGAAACAGACGAACCUCCAGCCCUCCAGCCCUCCACCUGGCAGCCCUGCCCAGGUGGACUGCCCGCACCGAGAAGCAGAUAAGAUAAGACAACCCCACCACCCGAAUUGGAGACUCCACGGGGACCUCGGCCAGCUUUUCUUCCCAAAUCGUCUCUUUCAGUCCAAAAUGUCAGCUCCACACACUCAGUCCAAACUUGUAUCACAGGGCCCACUGCCCUCCGAAGAGGCACGCUGGAUUCGAGCCGUGAAGACAACAUACACCGACCCACUGGGUGUUGAGCGAACAUGGGAAUCCGCCGAACGCACAACACGUCCUGCUGGGGUGGAACUCGAUGGCGUGGGGAUCGUUGCUAUUUUGAGCAAAGAUAGCGGGUCUGAAUUGCUUUUGCAGAAGCAGUAUCGUCCUCCAAUCAAUAAGGUCGUCAUUGAGGUUCCUGCUGGCCUGAUAGAUGCCGGUGAGACGCCAGAGCAGUGUGCUGUUCGUGAACUUCUCGAGGAAACGGGUUACGUUGGUGUGGCGGAGCAGACUAGUCCAGUCAUGUUCAAUGAUCCUGGAAUGUGUAAUACCAAUUUGCACAUGGUUCAUGUGAAGGUUGAUAUGUCACUUGCUGAAAACAAGAACCCGAAGCCUCAGCUCGAAGAGAAUGAGUUCAUUGAGUGCUUCACGGUUCCUUUGGCAUCUUUGUUUGACGAAAUGAAGAAGCUUGAAAAGGAAGGAUAUGCCAUCGAUGCUCGCAUCGGGACCCUUGCGGAGGGUAUUGAACUGGCGAAAAAGUGGAAGCUGUGA